AUGGUUCGCGACGGCAACCCGCACGCCGGGUACAACAAGAACGCGCUCCGCGGGACGCUCGUGGGGAACUGGGUCGAGGAGCGCGCGCUCGAGGCGGACACGGGGAUAUUUCGAUACGAGGUGCGGCGCGGUUCGAUCGCGCUCGCGCUCGCGUCUCGUCGGCGUCGCGUCGGUCGUCGUCCGCGACAGGAGGGGUCCCAACGCAUUCGUUGA